GCCGCGGAAUUUGAACGGGAGGACGGGUCGGCUGGGCGGCGGAGCUCCCGGGGCGCCUGGCGGUCUCCGAGGCUGCAGGGUCGGUGAGUCGGCGUCGGUGAGGCCGCUGCGGCCGCCGCCACCGGCUUGCAGUGAUGGAGUACCCAGUGGUGGAAGUGACGGGAGCCACUGCUGUCACGUCAGGAGUCAAGAGACGAGUGAAAGACAGAGCCGCAAAGACAAAGUUAAAUGUUUCUCUUGCUUCAAAAAUCAAAACAAAAAUACUAAACAAUUCUUCUAUUUUCAAGAUCUCUCUAAAGCACAACAACAGAGCCUUAGCCCAGGCUCUGAGUCGAGAGAAGGAGAACUCCCGAAGAGUCACUACUGAGAAGAUGCUGUUACAGAAGGAAGUAGAGAAACUGAAUUUUGAAAAUACCUUUCUUCGCCUUAAGCUAAGUAAUUUGAAUAAGAAGCUUAUAGAAAUAGAAUCCCUUGUGAACAAUAAUCUGAUCACGGCAAUCGAAAUGAGCAGCCUGUCUGAGUUCCAUCAAAGUCCUUUUUUCCUGUCAACUGGGAAGAGGAAAAGGAUCAGUAAGCAAAGCAAGUCCGUGCAUCUUCCAUUUGCAAGGGUCCCAUUAACUUCAGAAAAUGACGAUGACGAUGGUGAUGACGGUGGGAAAUGGAGAACACAGUGUCACAGCAGAAUCGCGUCAGAGGCCUCACCUGACGUCACCUCCUCGCUCUCAGGACAGUCUUUGUCCCUACCCCAGUGCGACUUGGAAGUAUUGCUUCCCAAGGAGGAUAACCAGAAUACAUGUGUCUCCAGUUAUUCGGAACAGACUUCUAGUGUUGGUGUUCAUCCUAAAGAAAGCCGUGAUGACUCAGAACAAAGCCCUAAGAGUUCUCUGACUGAGAUGAAAACUGCACCAUCCUCCUGCCUCAGCAGGGAAAAGCUGUCACUUAACAACGUGACUGAGAGGAGAAAGCGCGGGUCUUCUGCAGAGAACCCGCAUGGCACAGACUCAGGUUACCCACAGAUGUCCAGUCCAGGGUUCACCUGGGACGUUGAGAUAAAUGGUUGUGCUAGUGAAACCAGUAGUAAAAUGCAAAGAGAUACACGGUGUUCUCCUCGCUUCCCUUCUGAGGCUGCCGGCGACCCUCAGACACAGCCCACGGCCACAGUGCGGAACACCCAUGGGUUUCAGUUGCAAGAAUCUGUGUACGAAAAUGCGGACAUGGAUUUAACUGCCAGCGAAGUGAACACAAUCAUUGCAAUUUCAAAAAACAAUAAAAGUCAAAGGAAGAAAAAGACAGAUUGUGGAAAGGAAGCGUUCAGAAAAGUGAAAGAUCUAAGCUCUGACAAAAGGAGAGAAAGACCAAAGAGAAAAUGUAAAGGUAGUUCAGAAAUGGGUGCUGAGGGGAAGGUGGAAAACAGACCAGAACGAGGCUCUGUUGUUUUAGGUGGCGGAGGGGACUCGGAAGAUCCAAAUUGUAUUCCCGGUACUGAGCCACCUCAGGCAAACAUGCUGAAAGAAAUAACCCUCCCGAGCAGCUUGGAUCAAGAGACCAUCCAAAAUAAAAAGAGGAAGCAAAGAUGUACGACAGGCGAGCAAGAGGAAACAUGCCCUUUCUCUCCAUGUUCAGUCAGACUCCUUCAAGACAGUGAGUUUGAUCAGUGUCAGAACGCCCCACAUUGUAAUAGAAGUAAGCCUUCUCGACAGACAUUUGUGAUUCGUAACUCAGAAAAGGAUCAUUUAUAUCCAAGCCAGAAGGAGGAAGAAACCAGUUCUGAAAAGCUAGAUGUUGCGAAAGAAUUCCAUAUAGCUGAUCUUUCCACCAAAGAUAGCAAAACUGUAUGUGACUUUGAGACCCAGAUUAUUUUGGACUUGAAAAAGUUGGUCAGUGCGCAGCAAAUUCAAUCCAAGCUAAAUAAUCCUAAACCGAAAAUAAAUCGGAGGACAAAAAUAAUUUCUAGUAUGAACCAAAUAUAUGAGGAUACUGACAAAGACAUCCCCCUCCAAACCCAAGCGACUAAAGAGUCCACCUGUGGAGCCGUAGACGCUGUAGAAGAGUUAGAAGCAUCUCCACUUGUCGCAAGAAACAAUGGAAGCUUACAUGACUGUUGGGCGCAGAAUGUUCUGGAUUUGUCCAAGCAAAUCACCAGUAUGCACCCUGCUCGGAUAGAGUCCCAUGUUAGCAGGAUCCCUAGGCACAAGGUAAAUCGCAGGACAGAAGUAAUCUCCAGGGUUCAUUUUAGUAAUGACGGAGGUGGUCAUUGUUCAGAAAUGGACGAGUCUUUCUUACCUCAAAAGGAUAAAGACAUCCCCAGAACCUUAAAAGAUUUUAGUAAGUUUGAAGUGCCUGCCAUUUGUAACAAAGAUAGUGCAAAGUUAUGUGUGUAUAAGACUCACACACUCCUGGAGAUGGGAAUGCACGACCAUGGUACGCUACCUGCUAGUCACAGGGACUCAAAAGAAGAAAAGAAGCCUAGACAAAAGGCACUUCGAAAGACAGAAAUAAUUUCUAAAACCAACCAAAUGCAUGAAAAGGACGAAGGAAGUGUGCAUGACCCAUUAAAUAAGAAGGUCUGUCAGAAGGUCAGUAAAUCAGAAAUCGUUUCUCAAAUGAGCCAGAAUCAUGAGAAUACUAACGCAGACAUGAAUGGCUUUAACAGCUGUAUCAAAGACCAAGUUGUGAGUUCCUACUCUGGAGAAAUCAAUAGUAAUAAAGAGGGAAAUGGUGAUCCAAUUCCAGGUCCGUGUGUACUAGUUAAAAACCGGCAGAGAGACUUUGCAGGCAGAGCGGAGAACAUCUCGACAGGAGGGAAGAGUGAACGUGCUUUGCAGCUUCCAGGCUCCUCACAGCAGUCUGUCGCCUUGGAGUCUGGAUCACACCAGGACGGGCACGGAACAGAUGCUGGCCCCGGAGAGCCCACUAGCCUGCCAAAGAGCCGGGAAGAGAGCACUGUGCUUGCCCUGGGAGACGCUGGCUCUGUGGGCAUGGCCAAAAGAGGAAAUAAAGUGACAUCCAAAUCAAAGAAAAGAAAGAUGCCCCUAGCUCUUUCUUCAGAUACCCAUGGAGCGGUGGAAAUGACAGCCAGCACUGACCACACAAAGUCAGGCGACUCCCAGCAGGCCGAUAAGGAAAACUACUUGGAGGAUGAGAAAAUUGCCAAGAAUAAACCAGACUUCUGCCCAAAGGCGUUGAAACCUUUAUCACAGAUGCGCUCGUCUAACAUAAAGAAUUCUUCCUUCGACGAUAUGUGGGAAAGCUCCCUACCUUUGACAACAAUUUCUUGUAAAAAUCUGCUGAUGGAAGGAAGUUCUUUCCUGGAGAAUGCAUGCAUCUUUCCAGCAGGUGGUCCUGCUCCUGAAAAGACAAAGGAGAGGACUCAGAAAAGCUGCCGCAGAACCCAGAAGUCCGGGAUAGGUAGAGGAAUAUUCCCGGACUUGGUGGACACCAGUCCUGUGCCAAGCAACCCCGCUAACCCCGAGAAUGGAUCAGAAGGGCAGGCCGCAGAGCUGACGAGAAGGAAAAGGCAGUGCGCCCCUCUCAACCUGAGAGAGCCGAACCUCGUAAGGCAAGUGUGGCAGGGCUUGUCACUGUGCUUCGAGAAACGCUUGGCCUGGAUUAGUGUCUGA